UGGACACAUGUUGCCGUCGCUACCGCUCAACCCGCCACGUUUAAUUGAGUUUUCAUCAUCUCGCAACUGCAACCUUCCGUGUCCGUAAAGGCGGUAAACCCUUCUCGUCCGAGCCAACCCCUCCCCCUCCCCGACCGGAGCCACCAAUCUCUUAUUUCUAAUUUCCUACGGGAAAUCAUCAUCGAUAUCCAUUUUUUUUCCAAGAAGAGAAAAAAAAAAGAAACAAAUAAACGCUUCUCCUCCCGGAAUUACUCCCCCGUAAAAACCUUUGCGCCGCCGGCGUUCCCUCCUCCAGAUCUACCGACCUCUCUUCGUUCUUUGUCGGGACCGCAUUCUUGCCCUAGAUUUCGUCUUCUUGAUCUUGGAUUGGAAGGGGUUCUGGGAUCCGAGAGGGACCGGAGGAUGAUGCGGAAUUCGAUCGCGGCGUACAAGGAGAGCCUCUCCCGGAUCGCCAGCGAGGUGCUGGACGACGAGGAAGAGCUCGAGGUCCCCCAACCUCGAGGGGCAGUGGGGGAGGAUUCGCCGGCUUCCGUUCGCCGGUUUUCCCGCCGGCGAUCCGCCAGGUUUACGUCCCCAGCCGGUUCGCCGGUCGCCUAUCGAACCGAUUCGGAGCCCUACGACGAGGAGCAACUUUCCAAACUAUGUGAGGAAAAUGGUUUAUUAAGGAGAAAUAUGGAGACAAAAAAUGCUCUUGGACAUACAUUAAAAGACGAGAGCCUUAAGACAUUAUCAAAUUGCUCUAAUGUGCUGAAGAGCACAGUUGACAAAUCACCCAUCAGACAACAGCGACAUAAAGCUCAAGAAAAUUCUCAUUCUCCUGAAAACCAUGCAACAAAAGAUGAUGCCUCCAAUCAGGAUGGAUACUGCAAUGGGGCUAUGCAACCAAAUCAACUUGAUGCAAUGCAACAAACGAGGGAGCUGAAAUUUGCAAAUUCACAGGGCAAUAGGAAGGAUCACCCAGAUUUGCUUGAAGAAAACAGAUCAUUGGCAGCAAUACAGGCUAGUCUUGACUCUGAAAUUAAACAACUAAGAUCACAAGUUGACAGUGAGCGUGAGAAUGCAACAAUCAUGAAGCAGAAGUUACGAGAGGAGCAUCGGCUGAAUGAAUCUUCUUUGAGGGAACUCCAUGAUUUAAAAAUGGACAAGGAGAAGAUUUCGAUUGAGAUGAAAGAGUUGCACAAGGAAUUGAAUGAGAAGAUAUCAGAAUUAAGACAACUGCAAGCAGAGUUGAGCAGGAGGGAUGGCAGAGAAGAGUCAAAUAAAUCUCUGGAGACUUUGAAAGAUACGAUCAGGACUUUAGGGAAGGAAAAUGCAAAAUUGAAGGUAGAGAAGAAUGAACUUGAAGCAAAUCUGCAACUUUGCAUGAAGAGUGCAUCUGAAAAAAAUGAUGCUGAUGAUCUGAACUCUCAGAAUAGGAAGUCAAGUACCUCGCAUGAGGUGACAGAAGAGAUGGCUCUGUCAAUAAAGAAGCUAGAGGGAACAUUGAAAGACACUUGUAAAGAACGAGACAAAGCAUUGCAAGAAUUGGCCCGGCUCAAACAGCACUUAUUAGGGAAGGAGCUUGAAGAUUCAGAUAGGAUGGAUGAGGACAGCAAAAUCAUUGAGGAACUUCGGGCAAAUUGUGAAUAUCAAAGAGCUCACAUACUGCAGCUGGAGAAGGCUUUAAAGCAGGAAAGAGCAAAGAAAGAGGAGAUCGGACAGAUCAAAAGUGAUGAACUUCACAAAUCAAAUGAAAUAAUUAAUGAUCUGAAGCAAAAACUUGCAAACUGUAUGAGCACAGUUCAAUCAAAAGAUCUUGAACUGCUGAAUCUUCAAACUGCCCUUGGCCAGUACUAUGCUGAAAGUGAAGCCAAUGAGCGGUUAGGAAGAGAUUUGGCUAUGACAAGAGAAGAAUCAACUAAACUUUCUGAGUUUUUAAAGGUUGCAAACCAAGGGCUGGAAUUGUCAAAUAGAGAAAAAGAAGAGAUGGCUGCUAAACUUACGCAAGCUGAGAGGAUGUUAUCAGAAUCCAAGCACUCCAUACAGAAGCUUGAGGAGGACAAUUCAAAAUUACGCCGUGCACUUGAACAAAGUAUGACAAGACUAAAUAGGAUGUCACUGGAUUCAGAUAACUGUGUUGACAGGCGCAUUGUGAUCAAAUUGCUAGUGACAUAUUUUCAGAGGAAUCACAGCAAAGAGGUUCUGGAUCUUAUGGUUCGCAUGCUGGGCUUUUCUGAGGAAGAGAAGCAAAGAAUAGGUUUUGCUCAACAUUCUGCAGGUAAAGGUGUUGUUCGAGGUGUCCUGGGUCUACCAGUACGCCUUGUUGGAGGCAUCUUGGGAGGAAGCUCACCUGAUACAUCCUCUCAUAUACCUUCUGAAAACCAGUCAUUUGCAGAUAUGUGGGUUGAUUUUCUUCUCAAAGAAUCUGAAGAAAGAGAGAGGAGGGAAUCUUCAGAAGCAGAACAGAAGCACAAUCUCUACAAUGAUGCAAUCAAACACUGAGCAUGGAACAAAGUUGCCAAGUACUGGUACUGCUUCUAGUUUUCCAACUGCACUGAUAACUAGACCACCUCCAAAACAAAAUCAGCUCUUUGAACCUUCGGAUGCUGAAUUUGCAACAAUUCCUCUUACGUCCUCAUUCUAUCCAUCGGAAAGGAGUUCAUUUUCAAGGUUGCCCCAAGAUACCGUCAUUCGAAAUGCACAAUGGAGGUAAGAGCUAAUGUAGGUAUAGUCAUCUAAAAUUUGUUGAGGUAAAUAUCCCAUUUGUUCAUAUGAAAUUCAGUGUAUUCAAAUUUUGAUUGCAUUCUUUUAAUAUGUAAAAGAGAGUGGAGUGCCUUCCACUAGUUAUGAUCAAAAAGCAUUGUUCCCUCUGUCUAGUGUCCAAAUUCUUUUAAUAUGUAAAAGAGAGUGGAGCUUUCUUUAAUAUGUAAAGAAAGGUUUGCCAUUUUUGUUGUUAA